GUUCCGAAUUCUUUUAAAGCAUGAGUUUUGAAGAAAAAUAGUUAAACUUACACGAAUGGCAUAAAUUAGUUUGUUUUUGGGGGAAAUGAUAUAAUGCCGAGGAUCUAUAAUCCUUAAAUCAUCUGAAUUGAUGCUCGGAAUAAACAUCCACACUUGAUAUUUGAUCUGGAGCAUGGAGGGAGGUGGUGCCAUCAGGGCCAUCCCUCGUGGAAGUGUGCACAAGAUCUGCUCAGGACAAGUGGUCCUCACCCUGGCCACUGCUGUCAAGGAACUCGUAGAGAACAGCAUUGAUGCGGGUGCCACUAUCAUAGAAGUGAAGUUGAAAGACCACGGCAGUGAGUUGGUUGAAGUCAUUGAUAAUGGAAAGGGUGUAAAGCCAUGUGAUUUCCAAAGCUUGACCCUGAAGCACCACACUUCGAAGAUCAACGAUUUCUCUGACGUGCCCUUCGUGUCCACCUUCGGCUUCCGAGGGGAGGCCCUCAGCUCCCUCUGUGCCCUCAGUGACUUGGAAGUCCUGACCUGCCAUGCAGACUCACCUGUUGGUACUCAUCUGAGUUUUGACCACGAUGGAACAUUGGUCAGCACCACUCCCACCCCUCGACAGGUGGGGACGACGGUGACGCUGAAAAAUCUGUUCCACACCCUUCCUGUAAGGCGCAAGGAGUUCCUGAAGAAUGUCAAGAGGGAGUUCGGGAAGAUGGUCCACUUGUUGACCGCUUACUGUGUCAUCAGUCUGGACAGACGCAUCACCUGCACACACAUCACGGAUAAAGGGAAGAAAUCUGUCGUUUUAUCCACAAACAGUUCUGAAAAUCUGAGGAACAACAUGUUGUCUGUAUUUGGUAGCAAACAGGUGAAUCAGUUGAUGGAGAUAACUCAGUUGGAGCCAUCUGUUGCUGUCCUCGAAGAAUAUUUCCUGCCCGCGUCUGUGGUGGAAAAGAGUAAAAUGUUUAGGAUAGAGGGCUUCAUUUCCAACAGCACCCACGGCGAGGGCAGAAGUGCUGCGGACAGACAGUUCUUUUUCAUCGAUGGGCGCCCCUGUGACCUGCCCAAAGUUUCCAAGUUGAUAAAUGAAAUUUAUCACACCUUCAACAGGAGCCAGUACCCGUUUGUACUUCUGAAUGUCGUUUUGACGGAAGGUUCUGCGGACGUGAAUGUCACUCCCGACAAGAGACAGGUGUUCAUUCCGGAAGAGAAACUUCUGCUCGCAGUCAUCAAGAGUACGCUCCUGGGGAUGUACGGAAGUCAGCCCUCCCAGAUGAAGCUCUGCUCUUCGAGCGCCGUUCUUGAAAACCAGAAGCUGAAUUUUUCGGGAUCACUUUCAUCUUCCCCUACAUCUCGUCCCAGCUUUGAGUCUCGGCCGGAAGUGUCAUUGAAAAGGCCCGGAGACAGUGAUGGUGACAGACCGUCUCCUCCUGCAAAAAGUCAGCGAGUGGAUGAUGAUGAUGUUGAAAUGUGUGAUGAUUUUAGGGCUGCCACUCCCCACGAAAAUACUUCAAUGACCGACUCUCCUUCCCGGUCGGCAGAACCCGAGUCCACGAAAGCGAGGAGCCCCGAGAGCAUCGGGUUCACCCUGACCCUCCCCUUUCGGGAAGAGGGGAUCUCCCCCAAGAGGGGGGUGGGCAGUCUCGCACGCUUCGCACACCGGGGGUCGCCGAAGAAGUCGAAUCCGAAGAGGUCGAUCGAGAAGUGGGGUCCCGUGGUCAUCGAGAGCGACCCCGAAUCGAAGACGUCCGGCCUCUUCUCCAAGUUUGCCCUGAACCGGAAGAGAUUCGGGAACGAUGGGGAUCUUGCUUCGGGAGCGAGAGUGAAGGAAGUGGCGAGAGAAGCAGGAAUGGCGACUAUGGAAGCUGAAAUCGUAGAGACCAACUCUCGCAUGGAUGUAGAGACGGAUGGAACAGAAGGAGCUUGUAUUGACCAUCCCACCUCCAGGAAGAAGAGUUACAGGACAAUCUCGUUUGAUUUGGCGUCGCUGAAGGAAGAGUUAGAAAAAAUCAGCAGGCGGCGUUCCGAAUCGGAAGAGUGCCGUUUCAGGAAAUUCCGUUCGAAAAUUUCUCCCACCGACAAUGUGGUCGCCGAAGAGGAACUCAAGAAAGAAAUCAGUAAAGAAGACUUUUCCCGAAUGAAAAUCAUCGGGCAGUUCAACCUGGGUUUCAUCGUGACCAAGCUGGAUGAGGACCUCUUCAUCGUGGACCAGCAUGCAACCGACGAAAAGUACAACUACGAGACCCUGCAGAAAGACACCAUACUGGAGACACAGAAGCUGCUCAACCCCCAGACCCUGAGCCUGACUGCCGUCUCGGAAUCCAUCUUGACGGAACACCUGCACGUCUUCGAGAAGAAUGGAUUCCGAUUUAGAAUAGAAGAAGACGCUAAGGUGGGAGACAGGGUACAGUUGGUCUCCGUGCCCGUCAGCCACAACUGGAGCUUCGGAAAAGAAGAUGUGGAUGAACUCAUAUUCAUGCUCACUGAUAAUCCUAUCAAGAUGGUGAGACCCUCCAGGGUGAACCAGAUGUUUGCUUCCCGAGCCUGCCGCAAAUCUGUGAUGAUCGGGACUGCACUCACGCAUGCCAUGAUGAAAAAGUUGGUGCUUCAUAUGGGUGAAAUUGAACAGCCAUGGAACUGUCCCCACGGUCGACCCACCAUGAGACACUUGUUCAAUCUCAACUUUGUGAAGUGAAGCAGUCGUCCUUGCUAUUGUAAAUACAAUCCAUCAUCAUUUAGUGUAAAUACUUGCUCAAUUCAAACCUUAUGCGUAUAAUCCAUUUUAAAAAUAAAUGAAUAUUUUGUAUAAUAGAUGUUACUUUUUU